AUGUUCUACCAACCCGGCAUAACCGACCACAACCUCCCCUUCGACCCCUUUAAAGCCUGCGUAGUCCCACGACCCAUAGGCUGGAUCUCAACAAUCUCACCUACAUCUCAAAGCCCUUCUUCCGCCACAACGUCCGGUAGCGAUGAAGCAGAAGCAGAAACAGAACCAACAGCAAACCUCGCCCCCUACUCCCAGUUCCAAAACCUCACCUUCGACCCUCCCUAUGUCAUGUUCAGCGCCAACCAGACACCAGAAUACACACGCAAAGACAGCGUCGUAAACGCCGAGGCGACGGGGAUUUUCUGCUGGCAGCUAGCCACAUGGCCACUACGAGACGCCGUAAAUAUCUCGUCCGAGCAGUUACCGUACGGCGUCGAUGAGUUCCAGGAAGCAAAACUAGCAAAAACCUAUUCAACCAUCCUGCAACCGAAAUGUCACGUUAAAAAUUUCAGGGGUGUGCCGAUGGUCAAGGAUUCGCCUGUCCGAUUCGAAUGUGAGUACCACUCGACGAUUCGGUUGCCUGGAAACCCGCCUAUGGGGACGGUCGAUAUAGUUAUCGGGAAGGUGGUGGGUGUGCAUAUUGCGGAUGAAGCGAUCAAUCGGGAGACAGGGAAGGUAGACGUUGCGGUGACGCAGCCGAUCGCGAGGUGUGGGUAUUACGAUUAUGCGGUUGUGAGGGAGUGUUUUGAGAUGAAGAUGCCUGGCGGGCAGGCUACGAGGGAUGGGUUGGAGGGGAGCAGUAAGAAGAACAGAGCGUUGUUUGAGAAGGUUAAUGGGGUUGAGGUGGGUAUGCCAAAUGAGGAACAGGAGAAGAGUGUGGCUUCGUAA